GGAAGCAGCGCGAGGCUGCGGCGGGCUGCUCCUCGUCAGAGCGCGCGGCUGAACGGAAGCGGAACGGAUGAAGGUGAUUGUGCUCGGCUGGUGAUGGCGGAUGUGGAGAUAGAGUCCAUGAAGAAUUACCGCAUAGCGUUCGAGAAGAUAGACCCCGGCACCAGCCGAUACCCCUACUGUAUAGUGUGGACGCCCAUCCCCGUCUUAUCAUGGCUCUUUCCAUUCAUUGGACACAUGGGGAUCUGCACCUCUUCAGGUGUGAUCCGAGACUUUGCUGGGCCAUACUUUGUAUCGGAAGACAACAUGGCCUUUGGAAGACCAACAAAGUACUGGAUGCUGGAUGUAAGUAAAGUGUAUGCCAGUGGCUCUAAUGCCUGGGACACAGCCGUUAAUGAUGCUUCAGAGGAGUAUAAACACAGAAUGCACAACCUUUGUUGUGACAACUGUCACUCUCAUGUUGCCAUGGCAUUGAACCUCAUGCGCUAUGACAACAGCACCUCAUGGAACAUGGUGAACCUCUGUCUGCUUGCUUUGAUACAUGGCAAACAUGUCAGCUGUGCUGGCUUUCUGAAGACCUGGCUGCCAUUUCUGAUCCUAAACAGUGUCAUCGUGUCUUUGGCUCUGUAUGUGAAUCUGCGGUGACCUAGCAGGAGCAGAAAGUAAAGGGGAAGCCACAGACCCCUGUCUUCUGAUGGAGAUCCAGGUCUUUGUAAAGCAGGUCUCCAAUGACUCUCUGCUGGACCCUCAGGACGAGAUGAAGAUAAACCUUGUCCAGACUUCAAAACGUAGGAGACCUAAGCCUCUUUGUGAUAAGGAGAGAGGGAGAACCUGCUAUGGGUUCCAUGUCUCAUGGUGAUGUGAGGAAAUGCUAUACUAAAAAGCUAUGUCUUCCAAGGUAUGAUUUUGGUGUUGCUUUUGAAAACAAUGGUGCUGCUUUUAGUUUGGUUGCAGAUUAGGUUAUUAAUAUUAUUAUUAUUAUUCUGUCCCACGAGCAUAAAAGUGUAACGAAUUGAAUGUUGGUGUUUUCAUCAGUGUGUGUUUUUCUAAUACAUUUUUCAUUUUCUAAAAAAAGGGGUGGGAAUGUGAUAUGGGUGGUUAAUUAGUUAGUAAGAUGGUAACAUGCGUAAUGUUUUACUUAUGAAAGGUUUAAGCAUUACAGAUUCUUUGAAUUGCUUUUUAUUGUGCUGCGGAAUGGCAUGCUUUCAAGUGCAUUAAUAUUUUGUAUUAUUAGUAUAUGAUUAUUUAACCUUUUCAAAUUUGAAUGUUAACAAUUAAAUGAAGCCUUUUUUUGCAUAAUAUUUCAAAUCUCAGACUUUACUGCCAUGCCAUCAUAGAUUUACUUCAUAUAUUUAUUGGGUUUUAUUGUGUGUGAGAGGUAGCAGUCUCAAAACCACAUUUUAGUUCCAAUUAGGUCUUCUUUACCUGUAGACUGCAAGUUUAUAUUAGCAGUUAUAUUGCUAUUCUGUUUCCUUUCUGUUUGUGCUAGUCUAGCAUUAUUACUUCAACAGCGACCUGCAGAAUAACUUCCAUAACUGCAGGGCACACCUGCUGAGGGAAUGUAUAAGGAAUGUUGUUAGAGCAGAAUGUGUCUGUUGUCUCAAAGCUCUAUAUCAGCCACAGUAGGUCAUUCCUGUCAAGUCGAGAGAAAAACACUCUUCGCUGUGUGUUAGUUAGUGUGUUUAGUUUAGUUAGUGUUUGCUAACUAAAAUGUACCACAUGAAAUUACAUAAUGUUUUGUACACAGUGUGAGUAAAAGAAGACUUACUAUUUUAACAGGGAUGACUAAGUAUCGAGGCAAAUGUCUUGAGGUUGGCAAUAUGAUACGAUAUUUUAACAUAUUGUGAUCAUUUUUCUUAUGGUAACGACAAUACACUUUUUUAAGCAUAUCAAGGACACGAUCAAUGCUUUAAGAACACUGACCCAACUUUCAAAUUUCAUGACAAACUGUGUAAUUAGUCCUGUUUGGAUCUCAAAUUGAAUAGAUGACAGAACAACUUGAAUGAAUGUCACUGUAUUCAGUAUGGGACAGUGUUUAAAUUGUUUGGCAGUGUUUUUAAGGUUCUAUUUUUACUGAUGCAUUUUGACCAUGAUCACGUGUAUCAUAAAAAUGUUUUUUUAUGAUACACGUGAUUAUAUUGCCCAGCCUUACAAAUGUCUUUAUUACAUCUGUCAGCACUGUAAACAGGAGGGGUAAUUUUCUCGCUUUAAAUCAUGGCCAGUGACAGCAUCGAUAGUACUAUAUUCAGGGUGGGCAUCGACCACUGGCAGUACAUCCUGCCUCAUCACACUUCAUUCAUCUUCAUUCGUCUUCUCUAGGUGAAUAUGCCUCCCUUCUGCUAUGUGGGUGAGCCAAGUAGUGUAACAUAUCUAGGCAAUAUAUACUGAGAAUAUCACUAACAAGCCGGUGGAACACAGAAUAUGUCUAAGACUGCAGUGCACCGGCAUCUGCAGCUCAAUUUAGUGGAAUCUACCUCUACCUUUGCAGAAUUCAGCUCAGCAGGAGUUGAGAGUAGUCAGCACGGGGGACAGGUUUUGUACAGAGAAAUACACAACGCACAUCAGCACACGCUGUGAAUAAUGUGGCUGCAUUUAUUAUAUUGCUAUUGAUGUUAUUGAUUUUAGUGUGAUUGAUUAGAAAACUUUGUGUCUUUAGGGAUGCACUGUAAUGGAAUUUGUGGACCAAUGCCAAUACCUAAUAUUUCUAUUGUACAACCCCAAAUAAGUUGGGAAAAUAAACAUUAAAAAAAAAAAAAAAAAGCAUUUCAGCCCUGUAAUAUAUUUCAAAAUAAAGAUGAAAUCAGUUUGGACGACUGUAAUACUUUUUCAUACAAGUUCAUACUUUGUGCAUCAAAGAUGGGCUUGUAGACCUCUAGUUUGUGAACAGAUGCUUGAGGAAAUUAUCGAAAUUUAAAAACAAUGUUCCUCAAACAAAAAUUUAAAUAGAGACUUGUAUAUUUCUCUCUUUCUGCACUGCAUAAUAUUAUUAAAUGGUUUAAGGGUUCAGGAGAAAUCUCAGCUGAACAUCUGUGAUGUCCUAUCCCGCAGAUAGCACUGCUUCGAGAGCCAUCAUUCAACAAAAAUUGAUAGAAUCACAUGGUCAAGAUGUUACUCAAGCAAACCUUUGUCAAGAACAACAAUUAUAGAAUUCACAAUUUUUGCUUACAUUUUACUGUGCAAAGAUUGAAAGAGACUUGUAGAUUUGUCACUUUGCACUGCAUAAUAUCAUUAAAUUGUUUAAGGAUUCAGGCGGAACCUCAGCAUAUAAAGGCCAUGGGCUUAAGCUAAACAUCCAUGAUGUCCCGUGCCUCAGAUGGCACUGCUUCGAGAGCCAUCAUGCAACAAUAAUUGAUAGAAACACAUGAGUAAGAGGUUUCUCAAGCAAACCUUUGUCAAGCACUACAAUAUAGUUAAAUUCAUUAUGAACCUACUUAUAACUUUUUCAUGUGCAAGACAGAGGCCGUAUGUUAUCCAUGUGCAGAAGUGGUGUCAACCCUUAACUCUGAAGCAUCUGGGAUUGACAGUCCAUCACACCGUGAAAACGUGUAUAUAUACCUGUAUAUGGUCAGACGAAUCAGGAUCCUUUUUUUUUUUUUUUUUUUUACACAAAUAGGCACCUAUUGGAGUGUUUUGCAUGCCUAAAAUGUGGAAAUGGAUGUACAAUAAAUUUAAUGAAGUUAAUAGAACAAUAGAACAUCUUAUUCAUACCGUGUGCAAUAAAAUAAAACUCAAAGUAUACAUAGGAAACUCUUUUUGGGGUCGUACAUAUAUGUGGAUGCUGGUGUAGGAUAAAUUUAAACAUUCUGCUCUUCUGAAAUGUUGUACAGUGUCUGAUGCAUAAUCAUUAUUAUGCAGUUAUCUGCUGAUAAUUCAAAGAUAAUUACAAUAUCAUUGUGCAUCCCUAGUGGACAUACUUAGAUGCUGGCAUAUAAAUCAAUUAAUGGAAUAAAUUCCAAUUGUGACCAUUUAAGCUCCUCUGAAUGCAUGGUGCUUGUAGGAUCUCUGGUAUCGGUGAUUAAAAAAGAGAGAAGAAAAAAGGGGGAAAAAGCUUUCUGUGCUGUUGAAUUCAUCCUGACUAUGAUGUCAAGCCUUAUUGUUUGCCUUUCUCCAUUGUACAUAUUAACUUUGCAUUUAGUUUCAAAUACCAGUUGAACCCUGCUGUAAUCCUAAACCAUGGUCAGGACACCAAAUCCGUUACCAUGGUUCCUGUGUCUGAAUCAAAUCCCUCCAUUGUUUGGAAUCAAACAGAAAAGCAUAGAGCCCCCUUUCUUACUCUCUCACCCCUUCUUGCUUUCACUGCUUUUCCCUCUCUUUUGCACUCCUUCGCUCUUUGGAUGCGUUGCCAGGAACAGCAGGUAGUGAGGGGUCCUCAGCUCUUUAGAGGCUCCUGUUAAAGAUGCUUAAAUCUCCUUCUGCAUGUGCAAGGAGAGAGAAAAGCCCCUGCAGAUCUGCUCAUGGUCUGCGCUGAUCAGGUUAGAGACGCUUCAGGAAAUGGCCUUGAGUUUAGCGGAGGUUCCCAUGUAUGGGCCUCUUUUUAAAGAGCUCAUUGAAUUUUUGCAAUUUUGUUUAUAUUUUAAUUUAAGUUUAGCAUCCAAACAUUGUAAAUGUUCAUACAAUCCAUAUAUAAAAUCUAAGACUAUUCUCACACAGCAGGUAAAAGACCACCCCAGAUCAGAUUUCUUACCAAAUACAAUGUUUAUUUAAGGCUGUUCACACGAUCUUUUUAAUCUGCAGAAGAGCAACACUUCAAGUGAGGUUUCAGUUUCAUCAUCCCCAGCCUCACAGAAACAAUGAAGGAGUUUAAGAGGCUGACAGCUGGGCAUAUAAUGGAUAAUGCAUUCCAGUGUUCUGUAAAAUUGGUGUGUUACUUUAACCUAUUUUUUAAGAUUUUGUAUAAGUAGAAUAGGUAGUAGAGUGACAACCAGGUCACAGAUUCUUGUCGUUUAGGAGAAAACCUUGUGAAACCUGCCAAACUCACCUCUCAGUCAAGAAUUUAUUAACCAACUGCACAAUUUACCAAGCGACAGACGCCAACUCUGCAUAAUUUUUUUUUAUAAAAUAUAUUUUCACUCAAAUUAAUGCUAGAAUGCUGAUGAAGUUAUCACUUACUGGGCUGAAAUCAUAUAUUUGAACCUGACCCCAUGACAGGAACAACCAACAAACUUUCUGCCAGGAAAAUGGCCUAUGAGCAUUCCUGGCACUACUAAACCAUUUUUCCUUUGAUUCUCCUUCUUUUCGUGUCUUGAAUCAUGUUGGUUAUAUGACAAUAUCCCAUUUCUUUACACAGCCUUUUGCGUUUUUAAUGAACACAGCAAGAUCUUUUAAGCUGCACUGAUUGUGUAGAAGGGUGCUGGCAAGGCAGUGUUGCAUUGUGUGGUCCUCUCCACAUUCACAGGUGGUUUGGCCAACUUUGUAGCCCCAUCUGGCCAUGGCUCCUUUUGAUUGCCCUAUUCCUGUUCUCAGGCGGUUAAGUGUCUUCCACUGGACCUGUGGUGCUUCUGAGCUUGAGGGCAUCAUUUGCCUUUUGACUCUGCUUCUAAAGUUUGGUAGAAAUCGCAAGUGAUAGUGAUAAUAUAGCUUGACCGCAGCCGCAACAUACCUUGCAUCUACCUUGACCCCCUUCUUCUACUUUGACCCCCUUCCUUUGAUGCUGCCACCACAUCCCCUUUUGACCAUGUUCAAACAUUUUGUUAAAAACAUGGAGUGGUUUAAUUUUUAUUUUAAGGAGAAACAUUACCCUAAAUAUUAAAAGUUUUAGAACCGUUACCUCACUACCUUGUCAUUAAUCACUUACUUACUGCUGUCAUCCGUUUUUAUUUUUACUAUUAUUCCUUUUCCUCAUGGCCUUUUUCCCUCCUCCUAGAUGUCAAAGUCACAUGAACUCAGCAUGAAAGCAUGGCUGUCAAUUUGACAUGUAUUAGAUUUCAAUACCACAUAAUGAAAUGGCCCAAAUCGAAAUUGAAAAUCAAGUUUAGUGUGUUUUUUACUUUUUCAAUUACACAUCUGUCACACCUGAAAAAAUAUAAAAUUUUGGCAACUUUUACCUACUGUGUGAAAUUAUAAUCUUUAAAAACACAACACAUUUACGCAUAUCUCCUUUUUUGUUUAGCCUAAAGCAGUUUAGCUCCACCCACGUUAUGAAUAGUGUGAAAUCGUUUUUUUAACGCAGCAUAGCGUUGCAGGAGUCUGAAGUGCUUGCUUUGCUCGCGUGAAUGUUGCUCACGGCGUACACGGGUGCAUGCCCUUGUCUGCUUGUUUGCCAGCAUGUUCUUUGUGUACACCUUCAUGCAUGCUCCUGGAUGUUUGAGGCUAUGUAAGGCUGGUAGCGUGUGAGAGGGUCUACCUGUAGGCGUCAUUAACUGUAGUGCUGGCUGUUUUAUGUACUUAACCUACUUACUGCAGGUUCUCACUCUAUAUUUGUAUGCAUAUUUUCAUAUUGAGAUAUCUAAAGAUUAUUUUUGAGAUUGUAUUUUGCUGAUAGAAAUAUUCCAGAAGCACUAUAGUAUUAGAGAUGUGUGCUAUGCCUGCUUGAACAGACGCUUUGUUGACCCAUUUACCUGUGACAAAUGGUGGUUGGGGUAUAAUAGAUAAAUUAGUCUUUAUAAAGAGCAGAAUGUAUUUUUAUGUGCCCCUCUUGCUUACGUCAAAGACGUCUAGAAGCUGCAGGAAACCUGCAGUGUUUAAAAUAAGUGGGGGAAAUGUUCACUAGGACCUAUUUCUCCUCUGCUUUGAGUGGUUUUAUUUUACAAGUCCAUUAUCUCUCAGAUCCAUGAUGCCACAACUACAUGCAACUGGGUUUAUUGGUGGGUGCUGCUUUUGGUGUUGGGGUAAUUCUACACCAUCUACACCAUCACCCACUAAAGCAGAAUUCAGAAGUUGCUUCAUCAGUGUAUCCAUGGGGAUGUUUCUGGAAUGCGGAUACCUGUGGUUAGAGCGAUCACUUUAAACACAAAAGGCAUUUUUCUGUCAUAUGAAGGCUUGGUGGUGAUUAGGUAAAAUGGCAGUUCCUCACACUCAUCAUACAAAAAUACUAAUAUUGUCUGACCACCCACUUGUUUAAUCCAAUAAAAACAAAUCUUCCAAUAACCUUGUAAUUGAUGUAUUUAAUUUAAAUAAAUUGAAGAAUAAAUCUGUA